AAUUACUUGACACGUAACCUAUUCAGAAAGUCAUUCAGAAAUCAUAACUCCACGGUUCCGUGAUCGGGAUAAAAUAAACCGAAAGUAUUCGGUACUUUGGGUCCGUUCUGGACGUCGUAAGCAUUCAGUUCCUAACUUACCUUAGUGUAAAGGAUUACAACAAAAGCCUCUCUCAUUCCGAUGUUCAUUCAUCGCCCGGAUCGUUUCCUAAUCGACACUGAGCGUUGAACGGAGGAUAUUUAAGCUCAUACCGGUAGGUAAAAGACCUUUAAAAUCCUUCGUACAGGUACAUGUCAGUUCAUGCAGUAUGAUAUCUGUCCUUGCAAGCUCCAAGGUAUUUUGAAUCGUCGGCGGCCGGCAGAGCCAAGAACUUGAUGGCUUCUUCUGUCAGUGAUGCAAAGGCGACAACUUCAGGAACCUCGACCCUAGCAGAAUUGAUCUCUGAAAGGCGAAAAAGAUUACUGUUCGCCAAAAUGUUUACAUCCACUGGGUUCAGGUAAAUCCAAACAAUCCUGGGGAUUGAACUGUUCUAUCACGCUGGUAGCCGCAUAAUGCAUCCAAACAUUGGCACAAACACGUGCGAUGAUCAGAAAUUCGAGCUGCUCGAGUUGUGCUGGCGCCCUUUAAAAUUUUCGCUCCCUCUUUUCAAUUUUCGAUACCUGAGAUAAGAAAGGCAAAAUCUGGUCGAGUUUACUUAGUAGUGUAAAAGAUUUAUAGGAGAAUUAAUGAAAGAGCGGAAGGAUUCGGAGUUCUAUUCGGAUUUGAAAUGAACACACUACUUUUUUGAAAUGGCGGGAAAUGACUAUCACGUGUGCACCAAACAAGGGCCUUUUUUGCCAAAAAAUAGAACAGACCUCGCAUUUCUAUGUAAACUUGACUUUAGUGAGGUUUGCUAGUCAACAUACAUUGUCAAAAGUGUUCUAAAGUGACCCCUUACAGAUUAUGACGAGACUAUUAUUCAAAAAUUCCAAGAGAAUGCGAUUAAGAAUUCCAAAUUCAGACAUUUUUAUCAGUAAUGAAUACAAAAUGCCACAGCUAAUAAAGCAUCAGAUUUUCACUGCUGACGUUGACAUAAAAAGCUGGCCUUAAACCGUAAAUAAAGCUUGAUUGUUGUGGUUGUUGGCCUAAGAUCUUGUAUGAACAAUGUUUUUUUUAACUUGCAAUGAUAAGCUGAGUUGCCAGAUGACAAAAUUACAAAACGAUCCCACUUAAUGUUACGUUCGAUGGCACCAACAUGGUCCGCAAUGUGCUGCCAGUGAUGAGUGGUCAUUUUUAGUUAGGGCAGGGCCUUGAGCCCUUGAAGUGUUCAGUCUUCUAGAUCUUUCUGUCAUGGAGUCGUCGCUUAGUUUUGCCAAUAUAAGGAAAUCAUUGCAGUCCCAGCAACUAGCCUUGAACUACAGUCACUAGUCUCCCUCGCAGCCGUUUUUGUCUCGUCACGCAAUGCUCCUCCCAUUGCAUGAGCAUUAAAGUCCUCUGAAAUGGCUGGAAAUGCAUCUAAUACUAACAUGGUGUGGUGAAACCUCUUUGCUUUCAGCAACUAAAAAGCGGUGUUUUAAAAGAAGAACUACAGAAGAACUUAAUUACCUUUUCGCCAACUGCAGCAGCCUGUGCAGUCGCGCCUUCCUAAGAUAGAUAUUCGCUUACGGCUCUUUAUCAAUCUUUUUGUUUACGCAUUCCUAAAGCGCAACAACAACAUAAGCUUUAUUUACACGACUACCUUAUUAUAGGAAAUUAAUGCUUCAUGAAAUUAACGCGAAUCGUUAAAAUUCGCGUUAAUUUAAGUCGCUUUAAUUUUGUUGAGCGUUAAUUUCCGCGACGUUAAUUAAGUGCAGCGUUAAUUUCCGCGCUCUUAAUUUCCAGUAUUUUAACCCCAAUUUUGGAACCUGUCCAGACAUUCUUGACACCUAAAAAACAUUAACUACAAUCUUUCUUUCUUUCCAUUUACCCUUUAUUUUAAUUUCAUCUUUCACAAAAGCUUAGGCGAAGGUAUACAAUAUUUCGAGUUCAUCUUCAGCGUUGUCGCUGUCAGAAGUGAUGUCAGCUCAGGUUUGGUCAGUUUUGGAUUUUUUUGCAUCCAGUGUUGAAAUAAAUUUGUCCAACCGUGUCUUAAUCGCGUUAAUUUCCUUUAUUAUGAAAUUCUACCUCAUCUUUCGCGUUAAUUUUCUUUAUUCGAAAGUGGUUUUCCAUUAAAUUCGCGUUAAUUUAAGUCGCGUUAAUUUCCAAUACCUUAAUUUCAUGGAGCGUUAAUUUCCUAUAAUAAGUUAUAUGAAAUUACAGUAUUGCAAAAACUUUAAGAUCAAGUUACAAUUAAUACUAAAAAUUAAUAGGGAUAAUAAGCCAAUUAACCUUAUACAAUGAUUACCAAUGAUGCAAUUCCUCAAGGACGGUUCGCUACCAAGCUAAGACAGCAAGACGUUUUCCUAGAUAUUUUGAGAACGGACCUCUGAAGCCCCUCAUGGGUACAAGUGGGCUGAAUAAUUUACACACCCGUCGUGGAACGGCUGCUUUUUAAUUUUGAAUUGGGGGUUUCGCGCUGGUUUACUGAUUACAGCCAUAGAAGGUAUAUAGUAGCAGAACGUUGGCCACAGUUGAAGGAAGCGCGUUCACGAGAAAGAAGGAACAAGCUUGGACUUGAUGAUUCUCAUGUUUUGCUAUUGAUUAAUGGCUGGACGAAUGGCGACUUUUUUCUGCACUUUCGAAAAUUUACUUUAACCACGACAAUUAUUUUUACUUCACCCGCGACCCGCCACCUGCGAUGCGCGAAAAUUCGAUUCUCUCAUUGCUGAGCAUCCCGAUGGGUACCUGCGGACGUCUAGCCUGUUCCAAGCGUUCAGACAGUAGAGCGCCGGAGAAAAAUUCACGAAGAAAGAAAAAACGAGUGGAGACUAGAGGGGGAAAGGGGGAGAGAACGUUCUCUCGCUCUAGCCCCCCCGUUUUCCCGGUGUACAACUUAACUCGCCUCCCACUUACCCCCGCCCUCUACUAUCUGAACGCCUGGAACAGGCUAGCGGACGUCUCUCUGGUCCUCUCUCCUCUUCAGAGGCCCCCGCUGGGUAUCCCAAUAAAAAAUAUAAAAAGCGAGCGGGGGCCGAUGGGAAGAGGAAAAAGGCUUCAUCUCUUUCUCCUUCCUAUCGUGCCCUGCCCGCUUUCUUUUUCCCUCUUUUGAGCCCUCCCUACGAUACAAAGAGGCCUCUACGGAGGAGAGAGUGCGCACUUUGUUUUCUGCGCGCGUUUUCCUUCAAAUCGUCGGUGUUUUUCAACGAAUAUCGUCGCAUAUAGAAAAAAUUGUUUUUCGUGAUAACGCUGCUAGCAAGGUCGAGGGACGACGACGGCGGAAACGAGAAAAUGUAAAAAGCAACAAGUCAUAUAAGAAAAAAGACUCUUAAUGUGCAUAACACUUUCUGGCAAAUUUCUUUGCCGUUAUCGCACGCUGGGACUAAUGUUCUCAAACUUGAACGGAAUGGCAACGCAAUCGUCGCUUUUAUCUCAUAAGAUCGACGUUUCAUCAACAGCGCUCGUCGGAAAUACGCAUGCUGCAUUGGCUUUUGUCGGUUCUAGCCAGCAUGCAAAGCAGUUUUUACUAGUCGUAAUGCUGGGGUUUCCCCAUCACUUCCUAGCUGUAUGGCCCAAGCAAAAACGUCCCUGAAGUGCUCUUGACCCCGACCAGUGGUAUGAAAGUUUAUCGCUAAGAACUCGUUUGGGACUCGGGUUUGUUUUGGUCUUACCAACUUUAUGGACCUACAAUUGUAGUAUACUGUAAAUGUCCAGCUUCCGUGGUCAGUGUUUAGGGCGUCCAUCCGGCGUAUGAUAUGUUAUGGGCUCCAAUCACAUCAUUUUGUGUUUCACCGUAUCGUGUCAUAUGUAUCAUAUGACUAUUAUUUAAUCACGAAUAAAAACAGGAUUUUGGGCGUGUCUUCUUUAGGGUCUACUGACGGCUUGAAAACAUGUACUGUGAUUUGUGCCAAACCAGAAAGCUUCGCAGAGAGUUUCCUGCAAAUGCCAUUACGGAUAACUGUGAACAUGCACCUCUGCAUUGCCUCAGGGUGAGUACAUGCUGCAAUUCCAGUCACAAUUAACACAUCAUAGAUGUUUGUCUCUAUAAACACUAACGCCAGAGACGGUCUCUGAUACCGUAUUUCCUCGAAUAAUAGUCGGGAGCGAUUAUUCUUUUUUUCGCACCAAAAGGGUGCGAUUAUUCGAGGGAAGGCGAUUAUUUCAUAAUAUUGUUCACUGGAAGUCGUGUCCUACAUAGUUUGUUCUAUUCCCCAUUAAAUAAAAAAAUAAUCGCGUCAAAGGAACUGAGCGUGGGCUUUUUAAGUGUUCCAAAUUUGGUUCCCUGAUUAAUUUUCAUUGUUAAUAUCCUUGUCGUCGUCACUGAUGACUGAUCAGUUUUGCUGGAUCAGACUCCUCUUCAGCCUCACCCUCCAGAUUUACCGCUAUGGGUAUCGAUAGCGGGUUACCUAUUGGAGGAGGGUGGGCGAUUAUGCGAGGGAGGCGAUUAAUCGAGGGACGGUAAUCUACUGCUUAUUAAAGUUGUACUAGCCUGUUCCAGGCGUUCAGAUAGUAAAGCGCGGCGGUCAGCGGGUAGCGAGUUAAAUUGUACUGUUUAGUGCUGCACAGUCUACACCAAUGCAUUUUAUGUCAGUUACGUCUUGGCCUCAUCAAUCAAUCAAUCAAGCUAACAAGCACGUGCAACUCAAACAAAAAAACGGUAACCUGUUAUGAAAAACUUUUCUGAUCGAUUUUCAUGAAUUUUAUCGAAAACUUCAUUGUGUAAGAAAUUAUUGAUUGGAAUAAACAAACAUCAAAGAGAGCUGUACGUUUCCGAUGACUGAAAGGCACGAUAAUGGCCUUGUUGUGGGUUACUUUCAUCCUUGGUUUACAUUUUGUUUCCUUUGUUUUCAACCCAUUAUCAUACAUUUCUACUACCAUACUCGAAAACAAAAGAAAAUACAAUUUCAACCAAGGAUAAAAUCAAUGGGUGUUUCCUCUUGUUUUUGUUUGUUUUUGUGAUGGAGUGAUUUGACCGUAAGAACAGGUUAUUUCCUUUCAGUGUGUAACAAGGCACGUACAAGAGUUUUGUAAGUGUUCUCAGUGUCCUCAAGCUGUAAAGACGGACAGCCCACGCUAUCUUGAAUGUAUAGCCACACUCGAGAAUCUGUUUCCAAAACUCCAUGUGUCUUCUGACCCUGAAGAUACCGAGAGGCCAUCCGCGGAGGGCGACAAGACGAUAUCUGUUGUUAUGUUGGGUGGGGACAGUACUGUUUUAGAGUACCAGCCACAUUUGACGAUUUUAUCGCUGAAAGAUUUCGUGAAAAGAAGACUUGGUCCAGAUCCAGACAAACAACGCCUAUUAUAUAAAGAACAAGAGCUGAAGGUAGGAUUAAUAUUUCCUGACACUUAUGACACAAUUUUGACAAGAGCUAUGCAGUACUUGCCUGCUCCACAGGCUCCCAAGGCUCAGUGGGAAGAACCAGGCAAGCGAAUAAAAGAAAGAGGGAGAAGCGUGAGAACUGGAGACAAGCGAGAAGCGCGAGAGGGGGAUGAUCAUUCUCGUCCCCAGAGCCGCUUGGCCCUCUUAACCGUCGGAGACUGAGCACGAGGGCCCUUCGGCCCUCGUGCUCAGUCUCCGACGGUUAAGAGGGCCAAGCGGCUCUGGGGACGAGAAUGGGGGAUGAUGGGAACAAGCACAGAGAGUGAGCGGGGAGUAAAAUUAUAGUCGACUCCCGAUAACUCUAACUUUCAAGGAAAAUCGAAAAAAGUUCGAGUUCUAGCCUGCGUAGCAGGCGUUUCCAUUUAGUUUUGGAACAAAAAAGACCGAGGAACGGGAUUUUCGGUUUUUGACCGCGCGAGAAAUGAAACGACAGCCACCCCCUCCCCGGCCGCUCUUUUAAUUGCGCCAUUUUUCGCGUGGUCUUUGACUCUCGUUCCUCGUUCUUUGCUCCUAAACCGCACGGAAACGCUUGCUACGCAGGCUAUUCGAGUUCUGGGGAUUUCGAUCGAGUUAUCGGGGGCUCAAAGAAAGUAGCCGGAAGGAACGGGGAAAUAAAUCGAUAUUAUCGCUAUUAAUCGAUUUAAUCCUCCGAUUAAUAUCGAUUGAAAUUGGAAAUCCAUAGAAAUCGAAGUCAAAAAAAUAUUAUUUUGACGGUCAAAAAUCCUGAAGUGAAUAUUCUCAACAUGACGAUGCCAUUUGCCAAGCAACACCCAUGACUUCUGCAACUACUCCAGGCGCAGUCUUCACCAGAUUCCAUUUUUUUGUUUCUUUCGUUUCCUGGUUUGUUUUAAUAGAUUUUAACAUUCAAUCCAGACGUAGUUCUUUCUUAAUGCGACUCACUGACAAGGCGUGAAGAACAACUGCAAAAACUGUGAACGAUUAAUGUAGUUCAACGUCGGAACAAACAAGAUCGUGAUCGGUCGAAGAAGAUAAAAAUAUAAUUAAAGUCAAAAAGACUACUGCAAAGAUUGAUUAAACAACGUGAAAAAGGCUGAGGUAUACAAUAUUUUGACUGGCCGAUACCAGUCUUCAUCAGGUUUAUUAGGAAAAAUACACAGAAUAUAUCCUACUGUAAAAUAAUACAUGGUAUGACGCGGUAAGGUGUGGCUGCUAAGAAAAAUAAACCGAAAAAAAGAUAAAGAUUACAUAAUGACUAUAGUUCGUCACGUUUGUUCUUUCCCUGAGGCUCGAUGGUUUUGUCUUUUUGAAUUAGGUACGUCUCACGUCCUUUCCUGAGACAAUCGCAUUCAUAUCUAAGUGUUUCAAUUGGGAUAAGUAACAUAUGGGAAACAGAGUGGCUAUUGCUAAUAAUAAUCAUCAUUAUUAUUGUUGUUAUUAUUAUUAUUAUUAUUAUUAUUAUUAUUAUUAUUAUUAUUUGGCAGUUUUACACGUCUGGAUACCCAGUAUCAGUAAAAAAAAAAUUCAGAAGUUGGGCGUCUGACCGUAACCAACCGCUGCACCAUGAAGUCUCUCUUAUAUAAAAAAUAUUUAAAUAUUAAGAAUAUCCUAGUCAUAACUGCCUCUUAUGAAAUAUUAAAACAUUAAAACCAAUAAAUUUAAAAAAAUUUUCCGUUUGUCCUAAAAUUUAUCCAUCAUUCUACUUAGCUUAAGAUCUAUGGCAAAAUCAUACUAAAAGUUUCAAUAAAAAUUUCAACAUACAAUUAUAAUAAUUUUUUUCUAAAAAAAAACAGCACUUUAGCAACAAUCCUCUUUGUUUAAGCAAGAAUUUUUAAAUUGUGCGCAUUGUUUAGUGUAUUCGAUAUGACAGAUCUCUGCAGUCUUUGUAAGAUGGUGGCACUCUUCUCUCCAACAAGUUCCUUUAUUGCAUCACUCACAUCAGCUGAAUAUCCUCCGAGAACAUCAAUAAUUUUUUUAUUAUUAUUUAUUUAUUUAUUUAUUGACAAGAAAAAAAAAAUUAAUUACAACUACUUGUUAUUUUAACUAUGAAAAAUAAAAUAAUAUAUAUAUCUAUAUGACAAAAAACAAACUUAAUUUGUAAAGGAAAAAAAAACAAACAAAUCAACAAACUAAAUUCAAAGGAAAAAGACGCAAACCUGAUAAGUGAAACAGUAUAGGAGUAAAGUGUAGCUUGAAGGAAAUGACGCUAGCAUUCACGCAUCUAAAGAAGUUUGUCCCAUGUUUUUUUGAAUUGCGAUAAGCAGUUAGAUCUAAAAGCUAUGGUGCGAAGAAUAUCAAUUUUGUUGUUGAGACGCAGUAGAAAACUGUCAAAGUCCAGGACGCCGUUGCGUACGCUUGUAGCAAAAACAUUAUAUUUGGCGAUAAUAUUUGUGCCAACCAUAUAGAAUAGUGCUUUCAGAUAAAGUCAGUUUGUGAUUAAAUUUUUCGUGCCACCAGUUAGAAAAACAAGUCCAAAACGAAGAGGAUACACUACAGGUAAUUAACAUAUGUUUUAGAGAUUGACUUUCAAGGUUGCAUAAAGGACAAACAUCAGUAUCAGUUAUGCGCGCGCGGAAGAGGCUAGAUUGGGUAGGUAAAAUGUUUUGAAUAAUUUUGACUUGGAACAUGAUCAGUUUUGGUUCUUUCAAGAUUUUGAACGGGAGCAUGUAGAUGUAAGGAAUUUCCUCUUUGGUGAACCCAUGAUCUAGAAUUCUGCCUUCAGCAGUGGGUGCUGAGAAGCUUUUAUCAGUUAUGGAAGAAUAGGCUUCUUUUGUGGAAAAAAGCUUCAAGGAUGUUUCGCACUUUUCAGAUUCAUCAUGCACGCCUGCUUUGACUUGUAGUGCACUUUUCCAUUCAGUUGGUAUGGCUCUUAAAAGGCCGUAAUAAGUGGUAAAAGGAAAGUCAAAGUUGUAUUUCUCUUUCAUUUCUGAUAAGGUAAGAAAUUCAAGGUUAACAUUUAGAAGGUCUUCGAUGCAACGAAUUCCACUUGUACACCAGGAUUUAAUAUAAAUCGGUUUUCCAUAAAUACAUAUGUUACGGUUAUUCCAAAUUAUUUGUUUUUUUAUGGAAAUUUGCUUGUCACAGGUCAGUCUUCUGAAGUCAUGCCAGUAAUUUAAAAUGGUGUGGUAAAACUCCGGAAGGUUCUCUAAGUUGAGUAGAUUAGGAUCGUAGUCGCAUUCGAUGAGGAACUCUAGACCUCCGUAUUAGUUAAGAGCUUGAUUUGGGAUUUUUUUCCACGAUGCAUUACUUGAUUCAGCAAUACGCUUUAUCCAAGCAAUUUUUAGCGACCGCUCCAUGAUUUCAAAGUCAAUCAUUUUUAGGCCCCCACAGUGUUUUUCAUCAAUGAUAGUCUUUUUCUUAAUUUUGGGAGGCUUACCGUCCCAAAUGAAGCUGAAAAUAAUCUUAUUAAUUCUGUCUAUAAGGGAUUUAGAUACGGCCAGUAACGAACUGCAAUAUAUGAGUUUCGACAAACCUAAUGUCUUGACAAUAUUGAUUUUGCCAAUUAAAGUUAGCUUUCUUUUUUUCCAGUUGUUGAGUGUUUUUUCUGAAGAACAAACCUUUUCUUCAAAGUUAAGGGUGUUGGCUUGCUUUAAGUCAUAGGAAAAGUGUAUACCAAGGGCAUAGACUGCAUGGUUCUUGGGGCCAUUUAAAACCAAACGGCUUGUCUUUACGCGACCUCCAACAUCCUAAACACAACGCUUCGGUUUUGUUUGUGUUAAUUUCGAGACCACUGAUCUGCUUGAAUUUGUCUAAAUGUUUUAGUAAUUGUGUGACAGAAUCAAGAUCUCGCACCAAAACGGUGGUAUCGUCUGCGUAUUGAGUUAUCUUAAUUUCCUUCUACCGACUUGGGUGCCUUUAAUAGUAUGGUUUUUCUUAAGUACUCUAGCUAAGAGUUCGAUUCCAAAGACGAAAAGGAGGCCAGACAGUGGGCAACCUUGUCGCACACCUCGCUCGAGAAGGAAGAAGUCCGAUGCAUGACCAUUGUGCAGUACACAGCUCGAUGCUUGGUUGUAAAUAACUUGAAACCAGUUGAGUAUGUCAGGGCCAAAAUUAAACGUUUGUAAAGCGGCUCUUAAGUGGUUCCAUUCUAUUGUAUCAAACGCUUUUCGAAAGUCAAGAAAUAUGGCAAUACCGGGUUUUUCUUUCUGCUUAGUGUGAGACAUUACAUCUUGAAUUAGUCUAACGUUUUCACCGAUAAAGCGUCCUUUAAUGUAACCAGUUUGGUCAGAGUUUAUGAUUUUAGGAAGGACUUUUUCUAGUCUUUUUGCAAUAGAUUUUGUCAGAAUUUUGUAAUCAACGUUUAGUAGAGAUAUGGGUCGCAGGUUUUCAAGUAAAGUUUUGUCUUUGUUCUUUUUGGGGAUGAGUGAAAUAAUUCCGCGCUUUUGGCUGAUAGAUGGUGAACCUUUUUGGAAAGCAUAAUUAAAACUGGCAGUCAUCUCAGUGCCAAGGUCACUCCAGAAGAAUUUGUAGAAUUCUGCAGAAAAACCAUCAGUUCCUGGCGUUUUAUUGUUUUUAAAUUUUUUUAAGGCAGUUAAGCAUUCUUCUUUUGAAAUCAUGCCUUCACACAGUAUUUGUUCGUUUUCAUCUAGCGGAUCAAUAUUCUCUAAAUUGAAUAAAUCAGAUUCAGGCAGAUUAUCCUGGGAAUUUUGCGACUUGUAAAGAGUUUCAUAAAAAUUUUUUUGUUCUUGUAGUAUCUCAAACUGAUCACAAGUUACCUGAUUGUUACGAAGUUUGAGCCUUGUGACUGUUUUUUUAAAAUGAUUUCGUUUUUCCAGGUUGAGGAAGUAUUUGGAAUUUCGCUCACCAAACUCAUGCCACCGAGCUUUGCUCCUAAGAAUGGCGCCUUUUGUUUUUUGUCGCAUGAUCGUUUGAAGGCGCAAUUUUGUCGCGUAAAGCUCGUUCAAUAUUCUUUUGUCGCUGGGGUUUUGUUCACACUUUUGCAUAAGUUCAUUAACUUUAUUUUGAAGGGCAGCCUCUUCAUUCCUCUUGUUCUUAGCUUUGAUUUUUGAAUACUUGAUUGUGAAUCCGCGAAUUUCCAUUUUAAUUAAGUCCCAUUUUAGGCCUAAGUCAUCCAGGUCAGCAUAUUUAUCUUUGAAAUCCGGUAGACUUUCACGGAUUGCGGAAGUGAAGUCUUCGUCGUCUAGUAGAGAAUUAUUAAAUUUCCAAAAACCAGGAGCUUUAGGUUGCAGUAAAUCUUCUGUCUUAAGAUGUAAAGUGACAGCCGAGUGAUCAUUUUCCGGGGGCGUUAAUUAUAUUGCAAGCAUGUGUGUCACUGCUGAGUUCUUUUGAAAUUAAAAAGAAGUCUAGUCGGCAUUGGAUUUUAGCGAUUUGUUUCUCCAAGUGAAGCGGUUGUCGUUCGGAUUGCGAUCGCGCCAAACGUCUGUUAAAUUAUAGAGGUUCGCAAGAUGCUGAACUUCUUUAAUCACUAUGGAUUUUUUCCAAACUGGAUUUCCACCUUUUUUGUCAUUUUCAGAAAGAGCGCAGUUGAAGUCACCUGCAAUAAUAAUAUUCUCUUGGGCAAAAUCUUCAAGCUGAUUUUUGAGCUCUUUAAAAAACGUGACUUGCUGAUUCGCGUCAUUCGGGGCAUAAAUAUUCACUAGAAUUAGAUGCAACUCAUCAAUUAAUAGGUCAAGUAUAAGAAACCUGCCAUUCGUGUCUUGGAUGCAUUUUUCGACCUUGACAUCCAAGUUCGGAUUAACGAGAGUCAUGACGCCUUUGCUGUGUGAACUGCCGUGACUAAAAUAAACCUUCCCACUCCAUUCAGCUUCCCAAAUUUGGGCACAUUCUUUAGAGCUGUAGGUUUCUUGUAAGAAUGUGAAAUGGAAUUUUUGAUUAUGUAACCAACGGAAGAUUGAUCGACGUUUGAUUGACUUAUUCAAUCCUCUUACGUUUAAGGACUGGAAUUUAACAUCAAAACUAGGUUUUAAAGGCGUCUACCGGACAAAGGGAAAAAGCCAGAAAAUGGCGCUGGCAACGGCGGACUUUGACAGCUGCCUUUUGGCCGAAGUGUGAAUGUGAAUACAGUGUUUUGGUGAUUAAAGUGUUCAAACUACUAGUAGAAAUAAAAUAAAUUAUCAAAGGACUUAGACAAACAUUACUUAAGAAACAUAAACAGAAAAAUAAAAUAGGCGCUGAAAAAGGCCUUCGAACGCACCACACGAAAGUGGUUUGGCGUACUUGAGGGGGUAGCAUAACAAGGGACGUAGAAAGCAUCCGCAAUAACAACGACUUUGACUCUGAAUGUAAAAUAAACGGAUUUGCCAUUUUGAAAGGUGCAAGUGAAAAUUUGGUUACCGUAAGGGAAGCAUGAAAAUAGCGAGUUCCAUCUCAGGGUCGAAAUUAAGUCCUCGUAUUUGGAAACACAAAACUAGAGCAUGAUUUUAAAGGCAAGAAGCAACGGAGUAAAAAUAAAACUGGUUUUCAACUAAGAGUCGAUUUUAAAGUUUUGUGAAAGGAUUGAACUUACAGAAAAAGCGUCACCUAUUGGCUUUGACUAAGCAGUUCUUGGGAUUGGACCAUAGCAUCAGAGGAUUCUUCUUGACUUUGCAGUGGUUCUUGAUGUUCGGCUGUACCAUUGCCAUAAUCCUCAUGGGUAUUCACUGAAGAGUUGACAGGAAGCCAUUUCUUCGGCACGUCAUGAUCAAAAUAAACUUUUCCAUUAACAGCUAACUUAUCUCCUAUGACGGAAGCUUUGUGGCUAGGUGUUUCUUGUUUUAUCUUCUUCAUCGCAGGGAUAAGGACGUUUUUCCUGAUUUCUUGUAUGUGCUUCGGUAGGUCUUCACCCAUUGAAAUACGCGAGUUUUUCAGCCUGUAGCGAGCUUUCCAGACACGAUCUCUGUCAGCACGAAACGUGAAGCGAGCAAUGAGAGGUCGGGCUCUGUUUCUGUUUGGCUUGCCAAAACGGUGUGCCCCGCAAAGCUUCAUAUUCGAGACUUCGUCUUGUGGUAGGUUUAAAUUUCGGGUUAAGACGUCACGUACCAGUGAGAAGCAAUCCUCGUCUUUGGACUCAUUGACUCUGUAGAAAAUUAGAUUCCAUCGACGACUAUAGAUGUUUAAAUGAGUCAGCUCAUCCCAACAAGUUGACUGCUCGUUUUCGCAGUUCGCGACGCGUUCCACAAGGUCGUCAUGCUCACCUUGGAUGAACUCAAGGGAAUCUUUAGUGUUGUUCACUGUCUUAUCGACUUCACGUAGUUGUUUCUUUAAGGCUUGUAUUUCAACUUGGGCUUCGUCAAGUCUAGCCUCCAGAUUAAGAAUUCGUUCUUCGCGGAUUUUAGUGUUGUCUUCGAUAGCUGUAAGUCUUAAGGUGACUCGACCCAGUUUUUUUGGGGAGUACCAUCCUACUUUGAAGCUCUCUGGUAUCCCCACCUUUACUUUUAUCGUAAGUCUAACACGUAGAAUGGAUAACAUAUAGAUCAAUCUACAAUAUAACAUAAAAUUUUUGGCGAUCGGAGUAAAUGUCACGUGGUUAUAAUGCCACGCCCCUUUGAGGUCUGAGUCGAAAAUCUGCUGUUGCCGGCAUUUUUUCGUGAAAAUCUCUCGGCUACACAUAGUGCGCAUUAGUGCCUUGCGCUGAACAGAGUUUCACCAAAAUCGCAAAGACCCAAUUCGAGAAAUUCAGCGGUUUCCAAAUUUAGGUCAUUAUAUCUAAUAAACUAUGAGAUUCAUCUCUGUAUUUUGGGCAUCGUUAUAACAGAUGGGUCCUUGCAAGUCAGCAAAACGCUUUAGGGCCUUGUAAAUGCGCGCGAUUUCGAGCAAAGCAAACAUAUAGAAAUUAUAGUUUUCGCUAUUUGUUGACAUUUGUCAGCGUUUAAGAGUCAAUCUCACGAAAAAAGCAUUUUCUUAAAAAUUCGUAGUUUUUUUUCCUUCAAAUUUUUUCAGGGCCACAAUUGAUUAACUAACUACCCGGACUCUGAAUUUCAUCGUCAUUGAAAAACUGUGCCAUUACCUUCUAUAAGCCCAAACUUGAGUAAACAUUGAAGAUUUUUAUCGUUUUGGCUGAGUUUGUGCUUUGGGAGUUGUCUAUUGUUUCUAGUCUGUCAUUAUACAGCAUUCUUGUUCAGCACGCGUGCAAUGACCGCGCUUGGCGCUGUGUCUUCUGCAUCUCUUCCACUUCGCGGUUAUCCAACCAAGAACAGCUUAUUUCAACACUCUUUUCUGCUCUUUGUCGACUAUUCUGGCGUCGAUUCUGUUGGCCCUCACCUCAGUGCUGUCUGCAUAAACCGGUACAUCCCAUAAUGCUUGCGCACUCCCAUUCUCAUACAACGGUUUGGGUUGGGUCUUGGAGUGCCAUGGAGGCAAUUCUAAAAUAAGUUCCAGGUCCUUCAGCAUCUUAAAGAACAAGAUCAUAAGAGCUGCGUUGUGCCUCGCGAGAUACUAGUCUGAGCGAUUGUCCCACACCCCGCCAAUACGUGCGGCACGCUUUCGGGCGAUGUACCACACUUUUGGCACAUGACAUUUGAAGUUCCACUCCCUUUCCAGUUUUCCUGUGUUGGUAUAAUUUGGUUGGUAACAUCUGUUGGUACAGUUCCUGCAUUGCGGCUACGGUAUGGGGUUGGUAGCGAAUUCCAGCUAUUCAGUCAUCCAUGCAAAACAUCCUCCAGUGUCUAAGGCCGAGUCCUCCCAUCUACUUUUAGUCAGUUUCCCUUUCCAUUUCUUUUCUCCCAGUGUGUCACAAUAAGCUUUCUGUUGUGCCUUGGCGAGAGUGGAGCUUUUUUCCUCCUAUUUCGUCUCCAUCUUCUGUAGUAGCCCUUGGAUUAGGAUUCUGUAAAGUCAGAGUUAAUUGUAGCUCUGAGGCAUACCGUAAAAUUCCGAAAAUAAGCCCCUCCAUGUAUAAGGCCCUCCAAAUAUAAGCCCCCCAAACUGGUGACGCAAAAAAAAACCCUGCGUUAAAUCGCCCCUUCAAAUAUAAGCCCCCUAGGGGCUUGUACUCGGAAAAUUGCCCUCAAAUACAAAGUAAAACAAAGCAAAAACGGUAAAUUUACCUCGAACUAUAAGGCUAGCGUAGUCGAUUUGUAAAUACAAAUUCCCCUCCUUAGAUAAGCUUCUCCAAAAAUAAGCCCCUCAAAAAGGGCCUUUGAAAAAUAUAAGCCCCGGGGCUUAUUUUCGGAAUUUUACAGUAUUUUUCAGCAUCUCUGAUGAUUGCGUGACACCCGGUCUGCACUGCCUUCUCUUCAAACUUCCUCACGGCGCUCAUGGUCGUAUCAGAGUUUUCAAAUAACUUUACAACCGCUUUGAUCUUCGUUCUUUUAUACUCCGCUUCAACUGAUCUAGGGCCUCUUCCACCGUUCUUUCUUGAAAUGUAAAGUUGUGCUACCGAUCCCACGGGGUGAUUCUCACCAUUCUCCACGACAACUUUACGCGCUUCUCUAACCAUCUGCUGUAAGUCGGCAAGUGGCCAUGUCUGGGUCCACAUGAAGUACGUUAGAACUGGUAAAACAUACUGGUUCGACGCAGCAACUUUGUGGUAGUCUGACAGCGGGUUAGACCAGAUAAUAGAUAACCUUUGCAAGUACAACUUCGCUGCAUUUUGAAGAACAAUUCUGUCUUCUUGUUUCAGUUUCCAAUACUCCUAGAAACUUGUAAGAGCCACCUUCUUCCAAACUACUAAUCACUUUAGCAUUUUCAAAUCCUCCGCACCUUGAAUCAAACACCCUCUGUUCACAUGUGCAACCGCGCACUUCUUCCCUUUCCACUUUAAACGCACACAUUCCAUGUCAUCCUUAACAGCCGUAGCUUUCUUUCCGAUGCUGCAAGUACCUUCAAAUCAUCAAUAAACAACAGAUCUGUUAUCCUCAGACUAAUCGGUUGUGACAACUUGUACCCUUCGGUUGCUUUGAGCUUCCACGCUAUAGGAUUUAGGCAUAAGGUGAAGAGCCUUGGACAAAAGGAAUCACCUUGCGUCUUGAAAGGUAUCAUUUCUGUCAUUUCAUCCCUUGCUUCGUCUUAACCGCAAUUGUAGUGUUCCACCUAUUACUUAAUAUUAAUAUUAUUGUUAUUAUUGUAGACGUUUUAUUAAUUUUAUUAAUUGCUUCCUACACUCGCCUAGAGCCGGGGCCAUUCCUUGGCCCUGAAGUACCAGGGGAGUUUUUUGUUUGAUGGACAGAAACCUUCUCAGUAUGUACGCUGUUCCUAGGAGAAUGAUAUUUUGCAGCUCAUUAAUGUUACUGGCUCCAGGGAUCUUUCCUAAAUUCUGGUCCAUUCCCUUUCUAAGUCCCAGCGCACCAACAAUAACCGGCGUAGUCUCUGUCCUCAUUCCCCACUUCUCGUGGUUUCAAUCUCAAGAUCUUUGUAUUUUGAGGGCUUUUAAAUGACUUUCGGCGAGGUGUUUCGGUCGGAUGGUACCGAUACAUCUAUGCAAUACCGGUUGGCAUGGUCCUUGAUCACUAUAUCAGGCUUGUUCGCUGACAAUUAUUAUUGUUAUUAUUAUUAUUAUGUAAAAUUUAGCACAGGGAUUUUCCCUGGGGAGAAAUAUCCAGUCAAGUCUCAUCCCGAGACCUCAGACUUCCAGCACCUUUCUGAGGAUAUGGGCGAUCCGAGGAGUGUCGACUUUUGCAUCGUUCUUGUUCGGUUUUUAAUUCCUAGUUGCUCCAAGUGGCCUGCCUGCUUCUUUGACACUGAACCCAAUGCACCUACAACCACUGGCACCACUUUUGUCCUUGAUUUCCAGAUCCUUUGAAUCUCUCUUGCCAGGUCUUGGUACUUUUCACACUUUUCAGUUUCUUUCUGCAGUAUAUUACUAUCUCCGGGAACAGCUAUGUCCACAAUGAUUGUUUCCUUUGCCUUCUUUUUCUGAAUUACAAUGUCUGGCCUCCUGUGAUGGAUUUCACGGUCCGUUUGGAUGGUAAAGUCCCACAACAGUUUAACCUCCUCACUCUCUUCUAGGCUUUUGGGGGAAUACUCAUACCAUUUGUCACUGCACUCAACUCCAUAUUCCUUGCACACCUCCCAAUUAUUAUUAUUAUUAUUAUUAUUAUUAUUAUUAUUAUUAUUAUUAUUAUUAUUAUUAUUAUUAAGAGCUUGAGAAGGUGAAGGCCAUGCUGCCAGACAAGCAUAGGCGUACGGGCCGGGGGGGUGAGGGGGGCGGCAGCCCCCCCAAUAUUUGGGCAACUCAGAUUUUUUGGGCAGCAAGAGAAAAUUUGGGCAAAGCCAGUUUCUAAAGACGUUUCCAUGUUUUUGUUAUUAUUAUUUUGAAGAGAUAAAUGUUUUGUAUUUUGACCUGAAGUCGGCGUAAUAAUCCAGUUAUAUUCACACGAGACAGUGGUUGCCUAGCACGUGAUGAGUUUCUGGUUAUAAGGGAAGGGCAUCAUAUGCUGAUUUUUUUUAUCGUAAUUGGGCACUGUACUGCAAUGGGCUAUUUCCAGUCGUGAAUUGAGUGGAAUAAACUUCCGCCUAAACUUACUUUCUAAAAUCAUCUCCGCUCGUAGAACAGUGUACGGUAGAUAGCAUCAGCAAUGGGUCUGAAAGUGAAGAAGUAGCUGACUAGUUCUCAGUUUGGACUAAUUUUUUAAAGUAGACCGAAAUGUUUACAAAACCGCUAACAAGAGCGCCAUAAUACAUACUGAUCAAAUCUUUCUUUGUAGCAAUUGGCCAGAGCUAUCUCCGUGAUCUCUCAGUCCUUUCACACACGUUUUUAAAAAGAUUGAAACUACUAUGAGAUGAAACUGCGUGUCAAAAGCACUUCGUUUUCUACAGAUAACGGCCAAACAUCAAGAUUUUUUACCGUAUUUCUAAUGAUAAAAACUCUAUCCCAAAAUAUCUCGACAACGCUCUCACAGAUUCCGUUUUAACUUCACCAACAUCGAGGCGACUAUUGGAAGAAUUAAAAAGCUCCCGGGAAAGAUUUUGGAAGAACAUAUCCCAGUGAGAAGAGGGUCUGAAUGGGGUUAACCGACUAGCGACAAAGGGCGAAAAAUACUACUGACUACCGACAAGACGAGAAAAAAGUUACAGACUACCGACAGAAAAAAAAAUUAAUCGACUACCGACAUGGACCGCCAUUAUCAAUAUUUGUUUUCAGAAAGAAGAGAUCAGAAGAGCAUUUUGUAUUUUUUGUAGCUUACGAAGUAACCACAUUAAAGGUAAUUAACCUUUUGUCUAUUACCCUACUUG